GCCGGGCGAGUCAGUUCUUGACUGGGGCAGUGGGUGUGGAUGGGCGCUUACAUGGCUGUCGACGAUGUACGGCAUCAAUGGCUAUGGCAUUGAGGCCACCUCGCAGAACUUUGCUUGGGCGAGUCGCUUCUCUCGAGGUAACUACUGCCUCUACGGUGGCACCGACCUAG